GACACAAUUUUCCGUUUUCCCCGUUUUUACUGUACUUAAUAGUAAUUAAACGAAGCCGGUUUAACGGGCCUACAUACUUACUGUAAUGUCGCUCGUUCCAUUCGGUCACCGGCAUUCCGCUCAUUCGUUCCGUUUCAUUCGCUCGCCAGUAUACGCUGAUAAGCUGCGGGGGCCGGUCGCUGCGCCGGUGUCGCGUAUUUGUUACGGUCGAUAAUAACCUCUCGGAUUUCGUGUUUUGUGUGUGAAAUAAGUGUGUUUUUGGAGCUAAUUUACUACAGUGAGCGUGUGCAACGGAUUACUUUUUUGUGUGUUGACAAACUUGGAUUUUUCCCUGUUGCGGUUUUGUGAUGUCGUAGCCAUGGAAGGCGAGAGCCCCGAGCCCUCGGGCUGGCUUCUGGUGCGCGUGCACGUGCCCGAGCUGAACGUGCAGAAGAGCCUCCAGUUCCCGCGCGACCAGCUCGUCUGGGACGUCAAGCAGCAGUGCCUCGCUGCUUUGCCCAAGGAGCUAAAGGAGAGCUUUAACUAUGGCCUGUUCUGCCCACCGGUCAACGGCAAGGCAGGGAAGUUCCUGGACGAAGAGCGACGCCUCGGAGACUACCCGUUUAAUGGUCCUGUUGGUUACCUCGAGCUGAAAUACAAGCGGCGCGUGUACAAGAUGCUGAAACUGGACGAGAAGACGCUGAAGGCUCUACACUCGCGCGCCAACCUGCGGCGCUUCCUCGAGCACGUGGCGCACGCGCAGAUCGACAAGCUGACCAAGGCCUGCGCCAAGGGGCUCGACCCCAACUUCCACUGCACCGAGACCGGAGAAACCCCUCUAACCAUCGCAGCGGGCCUAAAAUCCCCCGGAAAAGUCCUGAUAGCCCUCGUCAACGGCGGCGCGCUUCUCGACUACCGGACGAAAGACGGCUCCACGGCCAUGCACAGAGCCGUAGAAAAGAACUCAUUAGAAGCCGUGAAGACAUUGCUAGAAUUAGGAGCGUCGCCUAACUAUAAAGAUGGGAAAGGAUUGACGCCUCUAUAUCUGUCGGUGACGAACAAGACGGAUCCGCUGCUCUGCGAGACGCUACUACAUGACCAUGCGACCAUCGGUGCUGCGGACUUGCAGGGGUGGCUGGAGGUCCAUCAGGCGUGUCGCAACGGCCUAGUGCAACACUUAGACCACCUUCUAUUCUACGGCGCCGACAUGAACGGGCGCAACGCGUCCGGCAACACACCACUUCACGUGUGCGCCGUCAACGCGCAGGAUUCCUGUGCACGUCAGCUGCUAUUCCGUGGGUGCGACAAGGAAGCGCUUAAUUUCGCCAACCAGACACCCUACCAGGUGGCCGUGAUAGCUGGAAACCUUGAGCUGGCGGAGGUCAUCAAGAAGUACAGGGCCGAGGAAGUUGUGCCGUUCCGGGGCCCGCCUCGGUAUAACCCGCGGCGCCGCUCCGCUGCCUGGGGCUGGCUGGCGGGCGGCUGGCCGGGAGACCGCUCGUCCCUGGCCUCGUCUACGAGGAUCCCAGAGCUGGAGGCCAUGCUGAGACCACCCGUGGCCUCACCCUGCUCCCUCGAACGACCAUUCUCCUCCGCUUCGUCCAGUAUCAGCGAUGCCUCGCAUCCGAGCCACGAAGAUGACGCGAGCAUACUUACAGAUAAGAGCGCGGACGUUAGCGACAUCAUCUCGGACUCGAGCGGCGUGGGGACCAACUCGGACACCACGUGCUCGCUGCAGGGCGCCGCCACGGCCGUUUGCCUGCAGCCCUACGAGCCGCAGCAGCCCGGGCAGCUCAGGCUCAACCAGGGGGAUAUCGUUGAAGUGACCGGCGCGACUGACGACGGGUUCCUGGAGGGCUGCUUGCGCGCGACCGGCGCCACGGGGCUGUUCCCCGCCCACUGUGUACAAGAAGUGCGGUUACGGCAGAACAAGAACGUGCACCAGGCAUUACCAGCGGGUCCCAUCCACCACUCGCGAGUGAACGGACGGCGGGAGAUGCCUCUCAGCAAGACGUACAGCGCCACUGCACCGAGGAUAAAGAAAACUUAUGGCAACGUGGAGACGCGCACAGUGGUGCUGCACCGCGCUCGGCGGGGCUUCGGCUUCGUGCUGCGCGGGGCCAAGGCGUCGUCGCCGCUCAUGGAGCUGCGGCCCUCGGAGCGCUGUCCCGGGCUGCAGUACCUGGACGACGUGGACGCGGGCGGCGUGGCGGACCGGGCGGGCCUCAAGAAGGGAGACUUUCUGAUCGCGAUAAACGGUGAAGACGUGUCAGCCGCGUCGCACGAACAUGUGGUGGAGCUGAUCCGCGGCUCAGGGGCCCUGGUGUCCAUGACCGUCGCUUCGUUGCAUUCUACUAACGGCAACGAACUCAAUACAUGCACAGUGCCAACGAGCAAGUCACAAAGCCAGCUGUCGAGCUCCGGUCGUCCGUACGCCGCCACGCUGCCCAGGAAAGGUGCCGGAGGGCGCAGCCCCGCGCCGGCGCCGCCGCGGCGCGACCCGCGCACCACGCUCAGCGUGGGCCGCGCGCGCGCCAAGUCCAUGGUGGCCGGCCUCGAAAAUGGCGGCGAGAAGGAAGAGAACUGCGAGCCCCUCAGCGUGGCUGGCAAAUCCUCGUCGGCGGAGUCGGUGCAACACAGUAACAACGGCACACCGCAAUCCGGCACGCCGGUGGCGCCGCGCACGGCGUCCAUCCGGCAGCGUCCGGCGUCCGGCCGCAUCACCGCGGCGGAGUUAGAGGAGUUGUUCCAGAGACAAGCUGAUGCUGAUACCAUCGGCGGCAACAGCGCAAUGAUGACGCGAUCGGCGUUCCAGGGCGGGUCGGCGUCACCGCCGUACUCGCCGGCGCGACCGAACCGUGUUUACGCCUCCGUGGCGGAGAUGAAGCGCCGCGGAAAGCUGCUGAUCAAAUCGCAGGGAUCGCUGCGGCGCGAUUUCCACUCCACGCCCGACCUCGCGGCGGAGCACACCGCGCAACCGCUGCGUACGCGCUCCAGCGAAGAUGUGCAUGGUCCGGGUCGCGCGCCGCCGCCGGCGCACCCGCCGCCGCCGCCGCCGGGCGCGCCGGCGUCGUCGUUCCGCCCCUCCGCCAGCGCCAAGCUCUACGCCUCCCCGCGCGACCUGGGGCCCGUCGCCUACCGCCAGGCCGCGCCCAACACGGUGCGCAAGUCGGCGUCGCUGCGGUCGUGGGCGGGCCCGGCGCGCGCGCACUCGGCCGAGGAGGCGGCGCACUACGCGCAGCCGUUCAACGCGCACGGCGUCGUGCGGCAGAACUCGACGCCAGCGCCGCCGAUCCCGGAGCCGGACUACAGCAUGUCGGAGUCGGACGACGACGCGCCGAAGCCCAAGGAGCCCCCCGCCGAGACCAGCGCCAACAGCAACGCCAGCGGAAGCAGUUCAGGCUCCAGCUCUAUGCAGCACUCGUUCUCAGUGGACGAGAUCCAGAAGAUCCGGACGCGGCUGAAGUCGUCCAAGUCGUGCGGCGAUGAGCUGUCGGCCGAGCGCGACGACGGCGACAACUCCUCGUCCGGCGUGUCGUCCGACCAGGAGGCGCAGGCGAAGCCGCCGCGACGCGACAAGGUGUCGUUCUGCAGCUCCGUUCAGGUGAAAUCGUCGAACGACGUGAUCAGCACGGAGCCGGUGCACAGCUCGUCGGAGAGCCUGGCGACGCCGCCGGCCAUGCAGCGGCACAACUCGCUGACGCGCAAGCGAGCCACGGCAGCGUUAUUACGCGGCACUAUAGGUCGAGGCAAGUCGGCGGCGGAGCGGCUGGGCGUGGACCCGGAGAAGGCGCCGGGGCGGCGCACUCGCGCGGCGGUGUCGCUGGCCGAGCUGCCGCCGCCGCCCGAGGAGCCGGCCGGCCCGCCCGACUCCGCGCCCGUGCUGGCGCCGCCGCCGCAGUUCAGCGACCGAGUGCGCGUCGUCGCCGCCGUGCCCAAGCGGGCGCAGGAGUAGACGCCGACGGGAGGGUGCUUCUUGUCGGACGUGGCCUCGUUUAGUUAAUCCCGGGCG